AACAAUAUCGCAUGUGGACUAGCAACGUCACGCCGCAAUUUUGAUCUUUUUUGAUAUAAAUAGACAUGACCAGGACCAUUAUGUAGGACCAUUAAGAUAAAUUUAGAGAACUAAAAUGAAGAAACAGGUCAAACUUAGCUUUAAGACAACAAAAUCAAAGAAAAACGAAAACGAAAUAGACAAUCAUAAAGAUUUUUCAGAUGACAAAUUAGAACUGCUAAAAGAUAAUAACGAAAAUAGUGAUAAUUUUAAACAGGUCAACGUUCUUCCGGAUUUAGAAACUGAUAUGCCAAGCAGAGCUUGGAGAAGAAUGAGUGAAAGACAAACUUUUAAAACAGUAACCCCAUUGAAUAUUCAUUCCCCAGUAAAACCUGAUUGUUUACGAUUUGUUUGUUUGUCUGAUACACAUUCUAAGCUACAUGUAGAUGAUAUGUUGAAUUUUUAUGUUCCUCCUGGAGACAUAUUACUGCACGCAGGAGAUUUCACGAUGAAAGGAAGACCACUGGAAAUAGAAAGGUUCAAUGAAGCCCUAGGUAAACUGUCUCAUAAAAAGAAGAUUGUAAUCGCAGGAAAUCAUGAGUUGUCUUUUGACGAAAGUCUGUUUACCAAAGCUAACUGUUUUGGAGAGAGUGUUGGUGAAGUAAAAAGUUAUCUCAGAUCCAAAGGAUUGAAAUCUGUUAGAGAAAUUGUGACUAACGCUAUUUAUUUACAAGAUUCAAUGGUUACUGUUUGCGGAAUAAAUAUCUAUGGAUCUCCUUGGCAACCCCGAUAUUGUAGUUGGGCGUUCAAUGUUAUCCGUGGGGAAAAAAUAUUGCAGAAGUGGAAUUGGAUACCGGAAAAUGUUGAUAUUCUCAUUACACAUGGACCACCUGUUGGUCACGGUGAUUUAACCAAAGCUGGAAUAAAUGUUGGUUGUGUUGAACUUUUAAACACAGUACAGAAACGUGUUAAACCAAAUUAUCACUUAUUUGGUCACAUACAUGAGGGUUAUGGGGUAACAACAGAUGGGGAAACAUUGUUUAUCAAUGCAUCCUCUUGUACAAAAGGAUAUAAACUGAGUAAUCCACCAAUAAUAUUUGAUGUCCCCUUGCCACCUGGACAGUCAAAAGAUAGAUUACUAGGAAGUGUUGAAGUUGUGUCUUAUUCCAAAGAGGAAUCUUCUAGUAAAACAGUCAUGGGCAUCAGCAAAAAAGACAUAGACAACAAACUAUUGACCUUACAACAGUUGAAAUUGACUAAAACUAAAGCUGAGUAAAACAAACAGUUUAUAUUAAAUUAUUAGUCCCCUACCGACGAAGUCGAAGGGGACUUUAGGUUUGCACUCCGCCCGUCUGUCUGUCCAUCUGUCAGUCCGGCAAAUCAGUUUUCCAGACCUUUUUUCUUCAUGCUUGAAGAUAUUGAUUUGAUAUUUGGUGUAUUGUUUUAUCAUGACAAGUUACAGGUCAAGUUCAAUUUUCAAGAUUUUAGCUUUUCUCCUUGUUCAGUUAAAGCCCUUUCCCUAGAAUUAAAAUUUUGAGAAAAUACUUGUUAAUUACUAGAUUUCUGUUCAAAGGGAAAUAACUCAUUUUUUAAAAAGAUAUUUUUAUUAAUCAUGUUAAUUAUAAAUGACAUUUCGGAUUUGUUCCCUUUUCUUUAGUUAAUUGUUUGAAGUAUUAAGUGGUAGGUUUGUUUGUUAUUGAUUCUGUAUAAACUAGUUUUCUGAAUGCUAUAUAUUAAAAUUUUUUUGGGAUGAAGUGAACUCUUUUAUUUAGAUAAUAAUCCAUUUUUGAUAAAGGAUAUAUUUCAUUUCAGAAAUAAUUCAUGGAAGCCAUAGAUUUGUUGGAAAUUUAAACAUGGCCUCAGCCAUGAUAUCCAAAUUUAUCCUGAGUGUUAGUGAGGGAUAAAAUUAAUGAAUAUCAUCGCCCAGGCCAAGUGUAAAUUCACUAAAAUAAUCAGUUUUCCACUUUAAUUUUGUCAUUCUUGAAGAUAUUGAUUUGAUAAUUAGUAUAUAGUUUUAUCAUGACAAGUUACAGAUCAAGUUCGAAUUUUGUUCCGGUCUGAUGUUUUUGUGCAGAGUUAUGGUCUUUGGACAUAAAAAAGUCACUUAAAUAAUCAGUUUUCAACAGUUGUGAUUGAAGAUAUUGACUUGAUAUUUUUAUGUGGUUAAAUACACCAUGACAAGAUAUAGAUCAAGUUAGAAUUUCGUUCCAUUACAAUGAAUUUUUAACCGGUAAGGGACUAUGUAUUGCCAUACAAUACUCUCAGAAUGCUUGUUUAUUCAACAUUAGUAUCUCUUACUUAUCUGUAAAAAAGCAUGAUGAUAUUUUAAUUUAUAUGCCGAACAAUCAACCGUAUGUAUACCAUUGUCAGUUAAAUUGUAUUUAGUCUUUUAAUUUGUAUUUUCAGUACAGCGUUAGAAUGUGUGUGUUUUUUUAAUUUUAUUUCUAACGAUAUGCUUCUAAAACAAUACUCGGGUUAAUGGCAUGAAUAUAUAUUAUGAUAAUGUGUAUGUGUGAGAGAUUUGUUGAAAAUUGUGUUUUUAUACCUUUAUUUUAAUAUUGUAAACGAUAGUAUUUUAUCUGUAACAUUUAUUUGCGACACCUUUUAGUUAUUGCGGUCGUAUAUUGGUAUCACGUCGUCGUCGUCGUCGUCCGAAGACACAUUGGUUUCCGGACAAUAACUUUUGUUUAAGUGUAUGGAUUUCUUUAAAAUUUUAUCAUAAGGUUUAUGACCACAAAAGUAAGGUUGUGAUUGAUUUCGGGGGUUAUGGUCCUAACAGUUCAGGAAUUAGGGCCAAAAUGGGUCCCAAAUAAGCAUUUUUCUAGUUUCCAGACAAUAACUUGUGAAAUGGUGUAUGGAUCUCUGAAAUUAUAUCACAAGUUACCAUAUCACGAAGGGAUGGUAAGAAUUUGCUUUGGGGGGUUAUGGCUCAAAGUGUUUAGGAAUUAGGGGCAAAAAAGGGGGAAAACAAUGGUUUCCAGGUUAAUGGACAAUUACUUAAGUACAAAACAUAAUUUUUAAGCAGUGUAAGGGAGGUAAUUCAAACACAUAUUGUCAAAUUACCUCCCUUACACUGCUUGUAAAUUAUUUAUAAAGAAAUGUAUUGUCUUUAGGUGAUUAGCUGUCAAUUUAUUUUUAGAAGUUACUAUUUUAAAAAUGUUUAAUAAAGGUAAUUUAAUUAUAGCCAUGAUUAUGUAUGUGAAGGAAUUUUAUUUUUAGAUAUUACUAUUUAAUGUUGCUGAUGAAAGUGUUUUAAUUUUAGGCAUGAUUAUGAUGUUAUUUUCUAUUUUAAUACUUUUAUGAUGUAUUUAAAUGGGUUUUUAUGGUUGCAAAGUCCUAGCUGUCAAUUUAUUUUAAGAAGUUACUUUUAAAUGCUGAUGAAGGAGUUUCAUUUGUAGAUAUUACCAUUAAAAGUUGCUGAUGAAGGUUUUUUUAAUUUUAGCCAUGACUUUGAUGUCAUUUUCUAUUUUAAUACUUUUAUGAUGAAUUUAAAUGGGCUUUUAUGGUUAAAAAACAUUUUUCUAGUUUCCAGACAGUAACUUGUGAUUAAGUGUAUGGAUCUCUCUAAAAUUGUACUACAAGUUUCCAUACUACAAAGGAAAGACUGCAAUUGAGUUUGAUGGUUAAUGCUAAAAGGGGGAUUCAAAAAGUUUGGGGGGAAGGGGGGUUUCCAAUUUUUUUUAAAAGGGUUCAUAUUUUGUUUUCAAAAUUUUGAAAAUUUCAAAUUUUCGAAAAGUUUCAAGAAGAAAUCUUCAAUUGCACAGUACUGCGUAUUAGAUUUGUAAGAUCUUUGACCACAUUUAUUUUGUGUCAGAAACCUAUAUUAUGUAAAAAAUUUGAUCACAAUCCAACUUCAGAUAGUAUCAAGCUUGAAUAUUGUGUCCAAAUUUGCCUCAACUGUUCAGGGUUCGACCACUACGGUCGUAUCAGGCUGCGCUCAGCGAAGCAUUUUAUUUUUAAAUAUUUUAACUUGACAAAGAAUUAUUACUGACUUCUUUAGUUCACUAUAAUAGAAUGUGGAUAAUUAAAGAACUGGAAAUGACAA